GAGCGGAGCGGGCGGAGCUGGAGGAGGAGGAGGAGGAGCAGGCAUCCUCCGCGGCGCGGCGGGCGGCGGCCCUGCCGCCCGGCGCGCCCAUGGCCCGGGAGCAGGGAGAAUGCGAGCCGCGGCGCGCCGCCGCAGCCCAGCUCCGAGCCGCCGCCCGCCCGGAGCCCCCCAGAGCCGCCCGCGUCGCCGCCGCCGCCCCCCAGCUGCGGGCGCCCGGCCGCCGGCUGCGCUAGGACCCACGGCCGCGCAGGGGAGGCGGUGGUCCGGGAGCAGCGGGAGCCAGAGGGCCCGGGAUCCGGGCGCAGCGCGGCAUGCAGCCGCGGGCUCCGGGGCCGGAGUGAGGGUUGUCGGCGCGGGGUCCCGCCAUGGCUGGCAAGGACAGCGGUAACCUGAAGACGGUGAGGUUGUGGCGGGACGCCGCCCUGCGCGCCAGGAAGCUGCGGAGCAACCUGCGCCAGCUCACGCUCAGCUGCCCGGGGGCCGGGGGCGACCCGCUCAGCUCCCCCGACGCCCCCCAGCUGGUGCUGCCGGCCAACCUCGGGGACAUCGAGGUGCUGAACCUGGGGAACAACGGCCUGGAGGAUGUUCCUGAAGGUCUGGGGUCGGCUCUGGGCAGCCUUCGCGUCUUGGUCUUGCGCAGGAACCGCUUCGCCCGGCUGCCCACCGCCGUGGCGGAGCUGGGCCACCACCUGACCGAGCUGGACGUGAGCCACAACCGGCUGACCGGCCUCGGGGCCGAGGUGCUGAGCGCGCUGAGGGAGCUCCGCAAGCUCAACCUCAGCCACAACCAGCUGCCGGCCCUGCCCGCCCAGCUGGGGGCCCUCGCCCACCUGGAGGAGCUGGAUGUCAGUUUCAACCGGCUGGCCCGCCUGCCGGAUUCCUUCUCCUGCCUCAACCACCUGCGCGCCCUCGACGUGGACCACAACCAGCUCACCGCCUUCCCCCGGCAGCUGCUGCAGCUGGCCGCCCUGGAGGAGCUGGACGUCUCCAGCAACCGGCUGCGGGGCCUCCCGGAGGACAUCAGUGCCCUGCGGGCCCUCAAGAUUCUCUGGCUUAGCGGGGCCGAGCUUGGCACCCUGCCCGGCGGCUUCUGUGAGCUGGCCAGUUUGGAGAGCCUCAUGUUGGACAACAACGGGCUGCAGGCUCUGCCCCCCGAGUUCAGCCGCCUGCAGAGGCUCAAAAUGCUCAACCUCUCGUCCAACCUCUUUGAGGAGUUCCCCGCUGCGCUGCUGCCCCUGGCUGGUCUGGAGGAGCUCUACCUUAGCCGCAACCAGCUCACCUCAGUGCCCUGUCUUAUCUCCGGACUGGGCCGGCUCCUCACCCUGUGGCUGGAUAAUAACCGCAUUCGGUACCUGCCGGACUCCAUCGUGGAGCUGACGGGCCUGGAGGAGCUGGUGCUUCAAGGCAACCAAAUCGCCGUUCUGCCUGACAACUUCGGCCAGCUCUCCCGGGUGGGCUUGUGGAAAAUCAAGGACAACCCCCUGAUUCAGCCCCCUUACGAAGUCUGCAUGAAGGGGAUCCCCUACAUCGCGGCCUACCAGAAGGAACUGGCUCACUCGCAGCCGGCCGUGCAGCCCCGCCUCAAGCUGCUCCUGAUGGGCCAGAAGGCUGCGGGCAAGACCCUGCUUCGACAGUGCCUCACCGAGGACAAAGUGGAGGGGGGCCAAGGAGGGGGGGACAAGGAGAAGAGCUACCUACCUUUCCCUCCCCUCGGAAGCAAGGGCAUCGAGGUGACCAGCUGGACCGCCGACGCCUCCCGGGGCCUGCGCUUCAUCGUGUACGACUUGGCCGGCGACGAGAGCUACGAGGUGAUACAGCCCUUCUUCCUCUCCCCGGGGGCCCUGUAUGUGCUCGUGGUCAACCUGGCCACCUACGAACCCCGCUCCUUCCCCACGACGGUGGGCUCCUUCUUGCAUCGGGUGGGGGCCCGCGUGCCUCACGCCGUCGUGUGCAUCGUGGGCACGCACGCGGACCUGUGUGGGGAGCGGGAGCUGGAGGAGAAGUGUCUGGACAUCCACCGGCAGAUUGCACUGCAGGAGAAGCACGACGCCGAGGGCCUAAGCCAGCUAGCCAAGGUGGUGGACGAGGCCCUGGCCCGGGACUUCGAGCUGCGUUCGGCCAGCCCGCAUGCAGCCUACUACGGGGUCUCCGACAAGAACCUGCGGAGGCGCAAGGCCCAUUUUCAGUACCUGCUUAACCACCGGCUGCAGAUCCUGUCUCCCGUGCUGCCCGUCAGCUGCCGGGACCCCCACCAGCUGCAACGCCUCCGCGACAAGCUGCUCUCCGUGGCGGAGCACCGGGAAAUCUUCCCCAACUUACACCGAGUCCUGCCCCGGUCCUGGCAGGUGCUGGAGGAACUGCACUUCCAGCCCCCGCAGGCGCAAAGGCUGUGGCUGAGCUGGUGGGACUCGGCCCGCCUGGGCCUGCAGGCCGGCCUCACCGAGGACCGGCUGCAGAGCGCCCUGUCCUACCUGCACGAGAGCGGCAAGCUGCUCUACUUCGAGGACAGCCCGGCCCUCAAGGAGCACGUCUUCCACAACCUCACCCGCCUCAUCGACAUCCUCAAUGUCUUCUUCCAGAGAGACGCUUCUUUGCUGCUGCAUAAACUGCUCCUGGGGACCAGCGGAGAGGGCGAGGGGGAAGCGGAGAGCAUCCUCGCUCCGGCAGCGCCCAGCCCGGGGCAGGACCCACUCCGGGCCACCCAGCUCCAUCAUUACGUGGAAGGCUUCCUGCUGCACGGGCUCCUGCCGGCCCACGUCAUUCGGCUGCUGCUGAAGCCUCACGUGCAGGCCCAGCAGGACCUGCAGCUCCUGCUGGAGCUGCUGGAGAAGAUGGGGCUCUGUUACUGCCUCAACAAACCCAAAGGCAAACCCCUGAACGGCUCCACCGCUUGGUACAAGUUCCCAUGCUACGUGCAGAACGAGGUGCCCCACGCGGAGGCCUGGAUUAACGGGACCAACCUAGCCGGGCAGUCUUUUGUGGCCGAACAGUUGCAGAUCGAAUAUAGUUUCCCCUUUACCUUCCCCCCCGGGUUGUUCGCACGCUACAGCGUCCAGAUCAACAGCCACGUGGUGCACAGGUCGGAUGGGAAGUUUCAGAUCUUCGCCUACAGAGGGAAAGUCCCUGUGGUGGUGAGCUACAGGCCUGCCAAGGGGGUCCUGCAGCCAGACACCCUGUCCAUUGCCAGCCAUGCGUCCUUACCAAACAUAUGGACCGCGUGGCAAGCCAUCACCCCUUUGGUGGAGGAACUGAAUGUCCUACUUCAGGAAUGGCCCGGACUGCACUAUACGGUGCACAUCCUCUGUUCUAAGUGCCUUAAGAGAGGGUCACCCAAUCCACACGCUUUCCCAGGCGAGUUGCUGAGCCAGCCCAGGCCAGAAGGGGUGGCAGAGAUCAUUUGCCCCAAGAAUGGCAGCGAGCGAGUGAAUGUGGCCCUGGUUUACCCACCUACACCGACUGUGAUCAGCCCUUGUUCCAAGAAAAACGUUGGUGAAAAGCACAGAAACCAAUGACAUUCGUGGCUGAGGAAUUUCCAUGGAGCAAACAGAGCAUGGGAACUGAGCGGGACAGCUGCUGCCCCUGAUGAGCCUGCCAUGCUCCCAAAGCACCUUCUGGGGUCCAGAGUGAAACGGCGCACGCACCCGGGUGCUUGUAGAGGACUCUUGGAGGGGCUGGAGGGGGCUGGGAAGAUGGGGACGAACAUGGAGCAAACGUUUCACAACCCGAACCUCAGAACUGUGAUCCUCCAAGAAGAGAGCUACUUGAAGAAAAGAAAACAAACAAACAAACAAAAAACAUAAAACAAAAACAAACAAAAUCCACAAACGUUAAACGGCUUCUCAGGGAUUGUUUUCUGUGUACACACGAGCCAUAUAGCUCUGGUCCAGGUGGGAGUAUUUAGAGCACUCAGAUUUCAGUUCUGUUCAAUGUGAAGGAGGGAUCAACUGACAUCCAUCGCUGUUCGGUAACUAGUGUAAAAUAUGUAUAUGUUAAUCUUUAUUUUUAUAAUAUGCAAAUACAUUUAAAUUUAUACAGUUUGACGCUUCUAGCAUUAGUUGACACUGGGUGCAAUAUUCUUCAUGAGAACUGUGCCAAGAUGGGGCUGGUGUCUUCUUUUAGUGUUAGACUUUUUGUUCUUUUCGUCAUCCUUUAGCCCGCCUUCUCAACUGAAAAGGAAAGGGAAGCUAGCCUCUCCCUGUCAGGCCACAGAUAGGUUCAGUGUUGGUUCCUAGGACUCUCUAAUAAUCGCCAGGAACGUUCAGCCCGUUGAGACAGAGAACCCCCUCCCGACUUUUCAUCACACCGCCCUGCUCUUCAGUCACUGGACACGGUGGUAGAAUGAGUCCUACCCUCUCCCCACACACCAACACUGCCGGGGCAGAGGGAAGCAUUCCUAGGGACCAAAUGGGGUGAAGGAUCCAUGAACGCCUGAAUCGUGGAACAAUCUGAAGAUCCUGUGAGUUCAGUUCUGAAUCUCGCAGUGAUUCUACUGUUAUGUACCCCGUUUUUCCACCGGGCUCCCCCAGAGCAGUUCGCAUGAUUAAGCAGAGCCCUUCUCAAACCUCCACUGUGGACCUUAAGUGUCCUUUCGUGAAACUCCGUCCCGCAUUGGCUGUUUAUUCAUUCAGAGCCAGAUGGAGGAUAUCUGCGGCCAGGAUCUGGUAGUGCCCUUGUUUUGAAAGCUCCAGGAGGUAAACAUUUAAAAACACCCCCCCCCCCAAGUUGCUCUCCUGGGUCCUCCUAGUUGGGGCCAAGUAGCAUAUGCUACAAGUAGUAACAUAUCCAUCCUUCUAAAGAAGGUAAAGGACUCUGUUUCCAUCCGACUCCUCUGUGUGUUGACAGGAAGCAUGUAAACCUUGACGGUUCCCCACAAGAAAAGUGACUCAGCUGGGCUUCCUCGUCCGCUUGUGUAUAAAGUAUUGACUCUUCGAAUGCCAAGGCACCCACGGUCACCACCAGUCCUUAAUUGAAGUUCAGGCAGGCAGCUGCAUUGUGAGAAAUUACAACCCAACUUGUGUUGAAUCUGCCCUGUGGGCUUCACUGCCCCCGAGAGGCCCGUUAUGCAAAGGUGAUUUCUUGGAAAUCCGAAUCCAGUGGGGGAUUGUCUCUUUUUGUGUUUUGAGUACUUGAAUUAGACAGAAACUCCAGUUGGAGAUUUCUUUUUUUCCUUUUAGAACACAGGCUCAGGCUGGAUCGGAAUCUGGUUGGUCUCUUUUGUCACAGUUCUCAUGUGUGUGUGUGCGCAAGUGUAAAGUGAAGGGUUAAUGUUUUUCUGUUACUUUACAGACCACUGAGCUAUUGGGCAAUAAGUUUUCUUUUUAAUUGGCAUCAGACAGUUCUGAAACUGUCCAACCAACAAACGUUGACCCGUCUUCUGUCCUGUGUGACUUUGGGCCUGCUCCCCAGAGGCGUAUUUAAACAAGGCUCUUCCGGCGAGCACCCCCUGCAGGUGGUUGCUGUUUGCAUGAGUGCAGAUGCCCGUGUUCUGAAUAUCUGCUACUUUUUUUGACAAGUGAUGUUUUGUGUUGUCAUCUGAACCCUAGAGAAGCAGUGUAGACGAGGGAACCUUGGUCGUCAUACGUGUUGUGGCCAGGGUCGGCACGGUCAGAGGGUCGUGUGCCUGAAAAAGCUCCAGCGAAGCGUGAGAACUUACCUCAGUGCGUGGGGGAGGGUGGAGAUACAGAAGCUGCUCUGCUCACGAGGAAUUUCGGCCUCUGCAUCGGAAGUUCCGGUUCCCCGGUGUCACACACCCGGGAAGCCUCGGCCGCCACAAGCUGAGGGACCAUCCACUAAGCACAAGAGGAGUUCCGUCUCCCCUCCGAGCCCCUGGCCUCUCAAAGGCUCUCCAAGUUUGUUAUGGUUUCUAUUCCUGCCACUAGUGGCAUCCAGGCCACUUCCUGGGAUUGUAAAAAAAUGCUGCCAGAAUAAAUGUUUUUCCCCCUUCUAAGGAAAAAAAAAGAAAAAAAGACAGUGCUCACGUUUGACACGGGCACUGGACUCUUUCGAAUGAAUAAAGAGGAAGGGCUCCACGUGA